AUGACAGCAAAGGUCGACAAGAGCAUGCCUGCGAUGGAUGACAUCCUGAUCGUGCGGGCGCCAUCUCCAUCGCUCGAUAAGCUUCAACCCCUGAUAAGCUUGCAGGAAAGCUUCAACAAAUGGCCAGUCAGCCCGCGUGUCCAACAUUGGGUUUAUAGCUGGGUAGAAUCCACGCCCGGUGUUCUUGUUCAAUGGCUCCACGAUCCUGAUACUGAGGCCCAGAUCGGGAUGCGAGACGAAGCGCCGAGCAAAGACGGCGGCGAUCCUUUUGAAGGUCGUCUUUCCGGCUCAUUGUUUUCUUCUGUGCUCCCGGAAGUGAACACCCACGCAGCAGAGUCGAUGCCUAUUCCGUCCUCUCCAGGUAUCAAAUGA